AACCAACGACAUUUCCGCUGCCUAUCCGGACUACCACCCACCCCACCAGCGAUGGGUGUUCGACAUGAGAGAGACCCCUAUUAACACUUACAGAAAUCUCUCGGAUUAUAAUGGCAUCUUUAACUGGACAAUGACGUAUCGCAGCGACUCGGACAUUUACUGUCCACACGGUAUUUUCAUGCCGUACAAGAACGUCACGCGGCAGGAUACAUUAGACAACGUACAUCCAGUCAAAAAUUACGCAGCAGGAAAGACGGGUCUGGUUAGCUGGUUUGUGAGCCACUGUGUUACGAAAAACAAGCGAGAGCAGUAUGUUAGCAAGUUGAAAAAAUUCGUCUCUGUCGACAUUUAUGGAGGAUGCAGUCCUCAACAUAAGGAGUGCGACUGGCCCCGAGGUUCGCUGCUCCUGCCUGCUGCGGCUGCCUGCAUGAAAGACGUGAUGAGUCAUCACAAGUUCUACCUUGCCUUCGAGAACUGCAACUGCAGGGAAUACGUGACGGAGAAGUUCUGGAGGAACGCCCUGGACUACAACUCCGUUCCCAUAGUGAUGGGGGCGCCACGCGAAGGAUUUGCGACGCCUUCGCUCCUCCGCCGGCUCCUACAUAAUGUCGACGACUUCGAAACAGUUAAUCAGGGCUGGCAAACUACCUACCAGAAGUUGGACGCCGACUGA